AUGGCCAGGUUUUCUCAGGACCAGUUCAGCUGUCCAGUGUGUCUGGAUCUACUGAAGGAUCCAGUGACUAUUCCCUGUGGACACAGUUACUGUAUGAGCUGCAUUACAGACCAUUGGAAUCAAGAGGAAGAGAAAAGAGUCUACAGCUGCCCUGAAUGCAGACAGACCUUCAGUCCAAGACCUGCUUUAGGUAAAAACACUAUGCUGGCUGAAGUGGUGGAGAAACUGAAAAAGACUGCACUCCAAACUGCUGUUCCUGCUGGACCUGAAGAUGUGCAGUGCGAUGUUUGUACUGGACAAAAACACAAAGCUGUGAAGUCCUGUCUGGUGUGUCUGAACUCUUUUUGUCAAAAUCACCUUGAACAACAUGAGAAUCUUUUCAACGUAAAAAGACACAAUCUAAUGGACGCCACUGGACGACUUCAGGAGAUGAUCUGUCAUCAGCAUGAUAAACCACUAGAAAUUUAUUGCCGUACUGACCAGCAGUGUAUUUGUUUACUCUGUAUGGUAGAUGAACACAAAAAUCACAGUACUGUAUCAGCUGCAGCAGAGAGGACAGAAAAACAGAAACUUUUGAGUGAAACACAGCAAAACUUCCAGCAGCAAAUCAAAGAGAGACAGAAGUAUUUUCAGGAGCUAGAAGAGGCUGUGGAGACUCACAAGCACUCUGCACAGAUAGCAGUGGAUGACAAUGAGAGGAUCUUUACUGAACUUAUCAGCUCCAUUGAGAGAAGACACUCUGAAGUCACACAAAUGAUCAAAGAUAGAGAAAAGACUGUAGUGGGUCGAGCCAAAGGACUCAUGGAGCAACUGAAGCAGGAGAUUGAUGAUCUGAGGAACAGAAACUCUGAGCUGGAGCAGCUUUCAGACACAAAUGAUCACAUCCAUUUCCUUCAGAGUUUCCCAUCUCUCCCUGUCCCUCCUGGAUCUCCAGAUGUUCCCAGUAUCUCUGACGGUUCUUUGGAUGUUGUAGGAAAAUCAGUCUUUCAACUGAAAAAGAAAUUGGAGGAUUUCUUCAGACAGGAGAUUGAAAAACUCGCUGGUAUAGUGAGAUGCAUCCAGAUCAUUCCCACCCCAGAAUAUGAGAGCAGGAAAGACUUCUUAAACUAUUUCCACCGAUUUACUCUGCAUCCAAAUACAGCACAUCAGCACCUCUAUCUGUCUGAGAGGAACAGAAUGGUGACUUGCACUACAACGCUCCAGUGGUAUCCUGAUCAUCCAGACAGAUUUGAUAGAUAUCUUCAGGUGUUGUGCAGAGAGUGUGUGCAUGGACGCUGUUACUGGGAGGUGGAGUGGACUGGGAAUGACCUUGUUUAUGUGUCUAUAUCAGUGUCAUAUAAGACCAUCUACAGGAAGGGGACUGAUAAUAAGUGUAGAUUUGGGUAUAAUGAUCAGUCCUGGAGUUUGGUCUGCUCUCCUUCCAGUUUCUCAUUCUGGCACAACAACAAAGAGACUAAACUUCCUGUACCCUCCAGCUCCAAUAGAAUAGGAGUGUAUGUGGAUCUCAGUGCAGGAAUUCUGUCCUUCUACAGCAUCUGUGACACAAUGACCCUCAUCCACAGAGUCCAGACCACAUUCACUCAGUACCUUUAUCCUGGGUUUAGGUUUUUUCAGAAUUUUACAGAACCUCUUAUAGGUGUAAAAUGUAAUAAAUAUGUUAGUUUGGCUGAAGGUUCCACAGUGAAACUGUGUGAUAUACAGUAUAAAUCAAUUCUGCAAUAGUAAAGCAAUAACCCCCAAAAAGCUUGUCGUGAAUAUAGACUUUCGAUGGGUACCAGAGGGUUCCCUCUCCUGAAUACUGAUUAUUCUCUUGUCACUACAUUUCCAACAAUCUCACUCUUGACCUGAUUACCUGGCAUGUUAGCUCAUUUAAGAGAGUAUAUAAGCUCAGAACUAACUAUGCUCUUUGCUAAGUCUUGUUUUGUCACAGCGACAAUUCUGAGCAUUUAUUCCCUUUGUUUGGGUUCUCAGUUUGCUGAUCUUGGACACAUUUUCUGAUUGUUCGUUACCAGCCUGUUAAAUUUGCUUUGUGUUAAAUGGAUUAUUUUCUAACACUGCCUGCACAUUGACUUUGUCACGCUUUGUUUGGAUUGUUGUUGUUUGCUGCCUGCCCAGACCUUUGCCUGUUUCACUACUCCCAUUUACUAUAUUACCCCUGUCUAAUUGUCUGCGACUCCAAUUAUUGCCUGUUUGACCCUCCAUUUGUGUUAAUAAAGCUGCAUAUGGAUCCUCAUUCAAUUGUCUCUGCAAAACCAUCACAAACCUGUGGUUUACAGUAAUUUUAGAACAGCUAAGAUAUUAUUAAGCAUGGCUUCACAGGACUUAUUGCUUUGUUAAUGGUUAGAAUCACAUUAAAUGGGUCAUGAAAUGUGGUUUAGAUUUCUAUAUUAUGUUUCUCAUGGUUAGUUCAUGAAGAUUGCAAUAUCUGUAAAAAAUUAUAAUUUUCCAUGCUCAUUUUCACUAUCUGUGAAAAACACACUCAAUUCACCACUUCCAGAAACAAUAGUAAUCAGCCACUGCUGUGACUGGCUAAUGUCCGUAUCCAUGUCCUCCAUGUUUAGCUGCUUUUCACCAUUGACCCAAGCUAUGGAGGAUGAUCAGAUAUUUCUGUGUAUUCCACUCAAAUAGCACAUUUGGCCAACUACAGAGAAUAAGGUAACACUUUAUUUUAUGGUUUCUUUACUACUUGCUUAUUAGCAUGUUUAUUACUAGAAUAUUGGCCAUUUAUUAGUACUAAUUGAGCACAUAUUAAUGACUUAUUCUACAUGACCUUAUUCUACAUCCCUAAUCCUACCCAAUACCUAUACUUAACAACUACCUUACUAACUAUUAAUAAGCAGCAAAUUAAUAAUUUAUUAAGGGAAAGGUCGUAGUUAAUAGUGAAUAAAUGUUCCCUAUUUUAAAGUGUUACCGAGAAUAACUAGCAGCCAGAUAACAGACAAGUGACUGAUCCUGAGUGUUGAUGUCACUAAACACAUUCUGCGUGCAUGGUUCAGUACAGUUAGCUAACCAUGCUGAGUAUUCUCGGCCAAGAACAGUUCCUAACUGUGCUGUGCCGAACCGGGGUUAACUGUUUGGGGGCACAAGUGCACUUAUUUAUUCACUGUAUGCAAAAAAAAGAUAUCGGAGAACUGCAGUCAACUAAUAAUAAACAAAGGCAUGUUACAGCACAGUGUAUAUUCCCCAAAUAUUUAUGUAUAUGCAU